UGAAUUUCUUUUUUUUUUCCCCUUCUUCUUCUUCUUCUAAUUUAGCCUGGCAAGAGUUUCCUCUUUUUUUUUUUUAAAGAGCAACCUAUUGCACCCCACACUCCUUGCUAACCUCUCUCAUAGACCUUUUGCAUUUGGAAAAAGAGCCUUCCUCCACACUCCCUUUAACCCGUUAGCUUGAGAGCUGCCUGCAUUUCUUUCCUUUAAAAAAAAAAAAACCCUCUCCUUCUUUCUCUCUCUCUCUCUCUCUUUCUUUUUCUUCCCCACCUCCUCCAGCUGUGGCUUAGGAAAAGCCUUGCUCUCAAGUCUGGAGCACUUUCUGACAAGAGGAGGAAAAAAAAACACACGAAUUUGGGGGCAGCCAAGAGAGAAAAUAAAACACAACCCACUUUCACAAAAGGUGCAAUGCAACAGAGAACUGGCACAUGCUGAAGGACGAGAUCCUGCUUCAACACGCCUUAAACGUCCCCCAUCCUCACUGCCUUCCAGAGAGCGGCUGAGGAUGACCACGGAGGACCCUGGAACCUCUCUUGCAGUGGCAUAAGUGGUGGCUCAAAGAAAGAAAUGUUGGGGCAGAGUCGGUCAACUUGGUCCAACCUAGCUGAUACUAUAAAGAGUACUGCCGCCCAAGAUGGCAACGGUCUGGAGAUUUCUCACCUGGACACUUGUCUCUACCAUGUCUGCAGGCAACCUUCCUGGCUAUACCUUUCAAUCACAAGAAGAAUUUCUCUCAAACCUCAGCCACUACGAGAUUGCCUUCCCCAUCCAGGUGGAUCAGAAUGGGGAUUUCCUCAGUUUUGACAUAAAAGGCCAUCAGAGAUGGAGGUCCCGCCGGAGUGCAGGCCACCCCUCCUACGACACGCCUGAACAGCACGUGUUCUACAAGGUCUCUGCCCACCGGACCCAAUUCCUUCUCAACUUGACGUUGCACACCAACUUGCUGGCGAGGCGCUUCCGCGUGGAGUAUUGGAAAAGAGGCGGAAUAGACUACCAACAUGAGUUCCAUGAAGAUUGCCACUAUGCUGGUCAUUUACAAGAUGAGUACCUGAACUCAAAAGUUGCUAUCAGUAAUUGUAACGGUCUGCAUGGUGUGAUAAUUGCAGAGGAUGAUGAGUAUUUUAUUGAACCCCUGACACUUGGGGUCAAUAUCAGUGAGGAACAAGGAAGAGAAGGAAGCCCUCAUGUGAUCUACAAACGAUCAUCUCUCCAGCACCCACAUAUGGACACAGCUUGUGGUGUGUUAGAUGAGAAGCCCUGGAAAGGUAGACCCUGGUGGUCACGGACACUGAAACCUUCCCCUUUGAAGAGCAUGGCCAACUUUUCUCAAAGGGGACAACUGCCUCUGAAGAGGUCAGUCAGCACUGAGCGUUAUGUGGAGACUCUUGUAGUGGCUGAUAAGAUGAUGGUGGGCUACCAUGGCCGGCGAGACAUAGAAGAAUACAUCCUGGCGAUCAUGAAUAUUGUUGCUAAACUUUUCCAAGACUCAAGUUUGGGCAAUAUCGUGAACAUUCUGGUAACCCGCCUUAUCCUGCUGACAGAGGACCAGCCAUCCCUGGAAAUCAACCAUCAUGCUGGGAAGUCCCUUGACAGCUUCUGCAAGUGGCAGAAGGCUAUUGUGAGCCUCAGCAGUGAUGGGAACGCCAUUCCUGACAACGGCAUCGCUAACCAUGACACUGCGGUUUUGAUCACCAGAUAUGAUAUUUGCAUUUACAAAAACAAACCCUGUGGAACUUUAGGAUUGGCCCCUGUGGGUGGGAUGUGUGAACGUGAAAGGAGCUGCAGCAUCAAUGAAGACCUCGGCUUGGCCACAGCUUUCACCAUUGCUCACGAGAUAGGACACACGUUUGGCAUGAACCAUGAUGGUGUUGGAAAUAGCUGUGGAGCCCGGGGACGGGAGACGGCUAAACUCAUGGCAGCUCAUAUUACUAUGAAGACCAACCCCUUUGUGUGGUCAGCAUGCAGUAGAGAUUAUAUAACCAGCUUCCUGGACUCUGGAAUGGGAGUCUGCCUGAAUAACGCUCCACCCAAACAAGACUUCAUCUACCCUACAGUGGCUCCAGGACAAGCCUACGAUGCAGACGAGCAGUGCCGGCUUCAGUACGGAACAAAAUCUCGCCAGUGUAAAUAUGGGGAAGUUUGCAAUGAGCUGUGGUGUCUUAGCAAGAGCAAUCGGUGUAUCACCAACAGUAUUCCAGCUGCAGAAGGGACCAUAUGCCAGACCAACACCAUUGAAAAGGGGUGGUGCUACAAGCGGGAAUGCGUACCUUUUGGCAUGCGGCCGGAAGGGGUGGAUGGAGCAUGGGGCACCUGGUCACCCUGGGGAGAGUGCAGCCGGACCUGCGGGGGAGGUGUUUCCUCAUCUACUCGCUAUUGUGACAGUCCAAGGCCAACCAUUGGAGGAAGGUAUUGCCUAGGGGAACGAAAGCGCUACCGGUCGUGUAACAUUGAUGAUUGUCCUCCUGGGUCAAAAGACUUCCGAGAGGUUCAAUGUGCAGAAUUCAAUCACAUCCCCUUUCGGGGCAAAUAUUACACCUGGAAGACGUACCGAGGGGGUGGUGUCAAGUCCUGCUCACUCAACUGUUUGGCUGAAGGUUUUAACUUCUACACUGAGCGGGCUGCAGCGGUGAUUGACGGAACGGCUUGCCGCCAGGACUCCCACGACAUCUGCGUCAGCGGAGAGUGCAAGCAUGUGGGCUGUGACCGCAUCUUGGGCUCAGACACUAAGGAGGACAAAUGCCGGGUUUGUGGAGGAGAUGGGACCACCUGUGAGACCAUCGAAGGGAUCUUCAACCAUUCGCUGCCUGAUGGCGGCUAUGAGGAGGUGAUACUGAUUCCCAAAGGAUCUGUCCGCAUUGAUAUCCGGGAACUUAAUCAUUCUCUGAGUUAUCUUGCUCUGAGAGGAGAAAAUGAUGAAUAUUUUGUCAACGGGAAACUUUCGAUCGACCCUCCCCGGCGCUUUGACAUUGCGGGAACCACAUUCCACUACGGGCGCUCUCAGGAUGAACCGGAGUCUCUCGAGGCCCUGGGCCCAACUAACAUCACCCUGGUCGUUAUGGUUCUUGUGCGAGAAGAACUGCAGAGGAUCCGGUACAAGUUCAAUGCACCCAUUGUUCGCAAUUCCAUGGCCCAAUAUUUAUGGCAGUACGUCUCAUGGACAAAGUGUUCAGCCAUUUGUGCUGGAGGCAGUCAAGUUCAACCCGUUGUAUGCAGGAAUCAAGCUGACAGCUCCACGGUGCUUAAUCAUUUCUGCAACCCUGAAACCAAGCUACCGGAGAGGCAGCGCCCAUGUAACACUGAGCCAUGCCCGCCAGCUUGGGUGAUCGGGAACUGGUCCGAAUGCAGCCGCAGCUGCAAUCAGGGAGUGCGGACCCGAAGUGUUCUCUGCCAGCGCAAAAUCUCCACCACAGAUGAGAAAACUCUGGAUGAUUCCUCUUGCAACUUGCCGCGGCCUCAUGUGCUGGAACCCUGUAAUAAUCACACCUGUCCUCCGGAAUGGGUAACCCUUGACUGGUCUGAGUGUACUCCAAGUUGUGGACCUGGCUUCCGUCAUCGCGUCGUCCUUUGCAAAAGUGGCGACCAUCGUGCCACACUGUCUACCUCCCAGUGUCCCGAGAGCUCCAGGCCCCCAAACACCAUAAGGUGCAGUCUUCGGCGCUGCCCACCCCCGCGGUGGGUCACUGGCGAAUGGGGAGAGUGCUCUGGGCAGUGCAGUUUUGGCCAGCAGAGGCGUUCUGUCCAGUGCAUCACCUACACAGGACAGCCGUCCAGUGAAUGUGUGGAAGCCCUGAAGCCCUCGGCCAUGCAACAGUGUGAAAGCAAGUGUGACUCUGGACUGAUAGAAAACCCUGAAGAAUGCAAAGAUGUCAACAAGGUUGCCUAUUGCCCUUUGGUGCUGAAAGCUAAGUUCUGUAGUCGUUCAUACUUCCGACAGAUGUGUUGCAAAACCUGCCAGGGCCAUUAAACGAAUACAUGUCCAUUUGGAACUG